AUGGCUCUAAGGCGCGUGUUCCUUCUGCGCUCAGUGGUACCUCGUGUCGCCAGUCUCUCAACAGAGGCGCAGGCCCGUGAGCAGCCCGCCGCGAACCCAGGGGUUGUGCGGGCAUGGGGCGCAGCCGAAGCUGUGCGGCGGCCUGUGCCAGUCGUGGACUUCGACAACACGCAAGAGGCGUACCGCAGUCGGCGGAGCUGGGAACUGGUGCGCAACCUGCUAGUGCUGCGCCUGUGUGCGUCGCCGGUGCUGCUAGCGCACCACGAGCAGUUGCUCCACGUCACCAGAAAGCUUUUGGGACAGAGGAUGUUCGACAAACUAAUGAAGAUGACCUUCUAUGGCCAUUUUGUGGCUGGCGAGGACCAGGAGUCUAUCAGGCCUCUGAUCCAGCACAACAAAGCCUUCGGCGUUGGCUCCAUCCUGGACUAUGGAAUAGAGGAAGAUCUGAGCCCUGAGGAGGCAGAGCGCACCGAGAUGGAGUCGUGCACCUCUGAAGCAGAGAGAGACAGCAGCGGCACAAAUAAGAGGGAGAAGCAGUAUCAGGUCCACCCUGCCUUUGGAGACCGCAGAGAUGGUGUCAUCAGUGCCCGCACCUACUUCUAUGCCAAUGAAGCCAAAUGUGACAACUACAUGGAGAACUUACUGAAAGGCAUCGAGGCCUUAGGUGGGGCCAGUAAUGAUGGUUUCUCAGCUAUUAAGCUCACAGCCCUGGGGAGACCACAGUUUCUGCUGCAGUUCUCAGACGUGCUGACCAGGUGGAGACGGUUCUUUCAUCAAAUGGCUGCAGAGCAGGGACAGGCCGGGCGUGCUGCCGUGGACACGAAGCUGGAGGUGGUGGUGCUCCAGGAAAGCAUCGCAAAGAUGGGCAUCGCGUCCAGGGCUGAGAUCGAGGGGUGGUUCACACCGGAGACACUGGGGGUAUCUGGCACUGUGGACUUGCUGGACUGGAACAGCCUCAUUGACAGCAGGACCCAGCUCUCCAGGCACCUGGUGGUCCCCAAUGUACAGACAGGCCAGCUGGAGCCCCUGCUGUCAAGGUUCACUGAGGAGGAGGAGCAGCAGAUGAAGAGGAUGCUGCAAAGAAUGGACGUGCUGGCCAAGAAAGCCAGAGAGGCAGGCGUGCGGCUGAUGAUAGAUGCUGAGCAGAGCUACUUCCAGCCAGCCAUCAGCCGCCUGACCCUGGAGAUGCAGCGCAGGUUCAAUGUGGAUCAGCCACUCAUCUUCAACACAUUCCAGUGCUACCUCAAGGAGGCCUAUGACAAUGUGACCAUGGAUAUGGAACUGGCUCACCGUGAAGGCUGGUGUUUUGGGGCCAAGCUGGUACGUGGCGCAUACAUGGCCCAAGAGCGUGCCAGGGCUGUGGAGAUCGGCUGUGAGGAUCCCAUUAACCCUACAUACGAGGCCACCAAUGUCAUGUACCACAGGUGCCUUAACUAUGUUCUCGAGAAGCUGAAGCACAGCCCCAAGGCAGAGGUGAUGGUGGCUUCCCACAAUGAGGACACAGUGCGCUUCACCCUCUGCAGGAUGGAGGAGUUGGGCCUGCAUCCUGAUGAUGGCCAGGUGUGCUUCGGACAGUUGCUGGGGAUGUGUGAUCAAAUUAGCUUCCCACUAGGCCAGGCAGGAUUUCCUGUGUACAAGUAUGUACCCUAUGGUCCUGUGAUGGAGGUGUUGCCCUACCUGUCCCGCCGAGCCCUGGAGAACAGCAGCAUCAUGAAGGGUGCUCAGCGAGAGAGGCAGCUGCUAUGGCAGGAGCUCCACAGGCGGCUGCGCACCGGCAACCUCUUCCACCACCCGGCCUAGUCACUCAGCAACCACCCUCACACCUGUUCCACUCAACCUGUUACCUCUGGGACCUUAGGCAAGGCACAGCUUUGGGUGGGCUUGGGUUCCUUAGCCCAACAUACCCUGAUAGGGUUCAUCUUUUAAUGUCCAAGUCUUUGAGGUACUGAGGUGGGGACUACCCUCUGGGACUUCCUGCACCUCCAGGAGCAGACACUCAGGUAUGGGAUUAGCCAGAGCCUGAGAGCUCCUCCAUUAACUAGCGGUAACUCAUUCACCUCUGCAGGCUACAGAGCUCCAUUCUAGAACUACCUUCUACCAGAGACAGAAGCCUGUUUAGUCAAUAAAUCACGCUGUAACUGAGA